CCCCGUCCGGCUGUCAUCCCGUGGGCGCGCUGCUGUCGACCUGCGCACCAGUUUCUAUGAUUACAAGUAAAUUAUCAUUACAGUAUUAUUAUUUGCCUGGCCAGGCGCCAUCGUCGACGCGGCACGCGGGCGGGACAGGUGAGGUUCGUCCAAAUUCAACCCGGGUGCGAAAGCAGUGGUGCAUGCAUCGAGCCAGGGCCGCCAUACUCCUCCCUUGUUCUUUCCGCUCUCUCUCGUUUCCGUGUGCGGUGUGCCCAGCUGAGCUAACUAACAACCCGGCCCAGGAUGGGCGAUGGCAGCUUUCCUUUCCUAUAACCCUAUCCUAUAAAACGGAGCGGCCCUGCGCGGGUCGCGCCUCCAUCAUCUGCACCUGCAGUCGCGUGUGCAGUCCUCGCGCGCUCUGCUCGCACGGGCGGACGAGCGCGAGCUUCGUUCUCCCAAUCUCUCUCCCUUCUGCCCUGCCCUGCCGCCGCGCUUAGCUUCCUUGCCUUCUUCCUCUCCUCCUUCCUCCUCCGCCAAGAGGGGAGCGGGCGCGGGCGCGGGCGCGGGCGCGAGCGGCGUCGUUCAGAUGGAUUCAGGCGCCGUGCAGCACGGCUGCGCGCAUUACAGCCGUGGGUGCAGCGUCGUGGCGCCCUGCUGCGGCCAGGUCUUCGCCUGCCGCCAUUGCCACAACGACGCCAAGAACUCGCUCGAGGUCGACCCGCGCGACCGGCACGAGAUCCCCCGCCACGAAAUCGAAAAGGUGAUCUGUUCUCUCUGCUCCAAAGAACAGGAUGUGCAACAGAACUGCUCCAACUGUGGGGCCUGCAUGGGGAAAUACUUCUGUGAAAUAUGCAAAUUCUUUGACGAUGAUGUCUCAAAGGGCCAAUACCACUGUGAUGGGUGUGGCAUAUGCAGAACUGGUGGCGUCGAUAACUUUUUUCACUGUGAUACAUGUGGGUGUUGCUACAGCAAUGUCUUGAAGGAUUCCCACCACUGUAUCGAAAGAGCAAUGCAUCACAACUGCCCUGUCUGCUUCGAGUAUCUGUUCGACUCCACAAAGGACAUCAGUGUGCUGCAAUGCGGGCACACAAUUCAUCUGGAGUGCAUGAACGAGAUGAGAGCGCACCAUCACUUCUCGUGCCCGGUGUGCUCGAGGUCCGCCUGCGACAUGUCCGCCACAUGGCGGAAGCUCGAUGAGGAGGUUGCGGCGACGCCAAUGCCUGACAUCUAUCUGAAGAAAAUGGUAUGGAUCCUGUGCAACGACUGCAGCGCGACCUCGAGCGUGCGGUUCCACGUGCUGGGGCAGAAGUGCCCCGGGUGCAGCUCCUACAACACCCGGGAGACGAGGGCCGCGUGCCCCAGGACCUGAUCAGGCGAACGAGGCCUAAGUCGCAAACGGCAGGGAGAUGCUGUGUUCAACGACUAGUGGAGAUCAUCCAGCAGGACGGUGACGAGCGCGAGACCAAGCCGGGCAGUCCAGUCUUGAGUUUGGUGCUGUGCAUUUGCAAUGUUUCCUGUACUGUAAUGCGUCCGUGAGUGCUGACGAGGCAUACCUGUGGAGGAUGGCCCGGCGCAAGGGCCGUAGGAAAGCUGCAGGUUAGGCAGAUUAGCGGGGGGCUGUUCUCUGUUCACGUUUACGGCGCGAAUGCAACAAAAUUCCAACGUCGGCCGUGAGUUCGGCAUGUAACCGAACCGAUUAUUUCGACAGUAUAUCUAUUAAUACAAUAACAGUUUUAUUAUCAGCA